CCCCCUCGCCCCGCGACCCCAGACGGCUCCCGGGCCGCGACCCGCCUGCCUGUCGCCUGCCUGUUGCUGUUCCUGCUGCUGCCCAGCUGCGUGGACACAUCCUGGUGGUACAUCGGGGCACUGGGGGCCCGAGUAAUCUGUGACAAUAUCCCGGGUCUGGUGAGUCGGCAGCGGCAGCUGUGCCAGCGGUACCCCGACAUCAUGCGAUCAGUGGGCGAGGGUGCGCGCGAGUGGAUCCGAGAGUGUCAGCAUCAAUUCCGCCACCAUCGAUGGAACUGCACCACGCUGGAGCGGGACCACACUGUCUUUGGCCGUGUCAUGCUCAGAAGUAGCCGGGAGGCAGCAUUUGUCUAUGCCAUCUCAUCGGCAGGGGUGGUCCAUGCCAUCACGCGUGCCUGUAGCCAGGGCGAACUGAGUGUGUGCAGCUGUGACCCUUACACCCGUGGCCGCCACCAUGAUCAACGUGGGGACUUCGACUGGGGUGGCUGCAGUGACAACAUCCACUAUGGCAUUCGCUUUGCCAAGGCCUUUGUGGAUGCCAAGGAGAAGAGGCUGAAGGACGCGCGGGCCCUCAUGAACUUGCACAACAACCGCUGUGGCCGUACGGCGGUGCGACGUUUUCUCAAACUGGAGUGCAAGUGCCACGGGGUGAGUGGCUCCUGCACCCUCCGCACCUGCUGGCGAGCCCUCUCUGACUUCCGUCGCACGGGGGACUACCUUCGGAGACGCUAUGACGGGGCAGUGCAGGUGACAGCCACCCAGGACGGUGCCAACUUCACAGCAGCCCGCCAAGGCUAUCGCCGGGCCACCAGGACCGACCUAGUCUACUUCGACAACUCACCUGAUUACUGUGUCCUGGACAAGGCUGCUGGUUCCCUAGGCACUGCAGGCCGUGUCUGUAACAAGACAUCGAAAGGAACAGACGGUUGUGAAAUCAUGUGUUGUGGUCGAGGGUAUGACACAACUCGAGUCAUCCGUGUCACCCAGUGCGAAUGCAAAUUCCACUGGUGCUGCGCUGUGCAGUGCAAGGAAUGCAGGAACACGGUGGACAUCCAUACUUGCAAGGCCCCCAAGAAGGCUGAAUGGCUGGAUCAGACCUGA